ACCGAGCGAGUCUUUCUCGCGUCCCAGCAACGCGCCCGGCCCUUUCCUGUCGGGCCCAUUCUCCCUGGUGCCCCUCCCUUCCUCGAGGCUGCCGCUCACCCCUCACUGGGUCUCUCCCUGGUCCGGAGGGCGCGGGUCUGCACACUCUCACUCAGUGCCGGAGAGCAGUUCCUGCGGCUCUUGUGGUGGGAGCUGCCCGAGAGCCAAGGCAGUGGCGAGGGACGGCGAGAAAGAAUGUUUAAGUUUAUUUAAGAAAGAGGAAAAAAGAGUCAACAGAUCCAGGAUUUUCGUCAUUCUGAUUUUUAAGGCACAUCCAAAGCUCCGUGGAGAAGGGGCUGGAGGGUGGGAGAAUCAUUUUUGUAUACACUCCAUAUAAGAGAGAAGAGACCCAUCGAAGAUUCAGUACGGAGUCACCUGGAAAUUGGAGAUGUUGGAUACGAUCGCCCGUGCCCUGCAGGACCUGGGCAGGCAGGUGCUGCCCACUCUGCCCUCGCUGAGCCAGGAGGAAGUCUCUAUUAUCUGGGGGAAUGUAUCAGAAUUUGUGGGACGGCAGUUAACCCUGCACAAGGGGGUUCAGAUUCCAGGAUUUGGAACUUUCACUUUCAUGAGACAAAAACUUGAGGUGGGAAACAACAAAUUUAUCUUAAUCCAGAGGCCUGUGUUUAUUAUGGCGGAGAAGCUAGUGCAGAUCCAUGGACUCAAACAAAACAAAAUAUAUACUCCUGGUGAUAUCCCAAUUGUUCCACUUAAUUUUGUCAUGAUAUCCCUGGAGGGUCCAUUUAACAGAGAUGUAGUGGAAGGAUGUGUGAAGGAGACGUUGCUUUUUUUAUCGCGAUCCAUUUCCAUGAAACAAAAUGUGGAGUUUACAUUCAAAGGAAUUGGGGUCCUCAUGAUCAGAGACAACAAAGUGAAGAUGAGGUUUUAUAAAGACUUCCUUUGUACCAUGGAUGGAAGUGGGGCUUUGGCAAAGGCCCUAGCAAACAGGCCUGGCACUGUGGACUCGGUGUUGUCCAGCAGAGAGGCCUUGAGGAAGUGGCCCAGCAGUGUGCUUGCGUUUCCAAGGAUUGAGCUCAAGCAGACGGAAAACAAACUGCCUAUGGAGACCCUUGUAGAAGAAUGUGGAGAGAAUAGAGAAAGGAAGUGCAAGUUAAAAGACCAGUCAGACAAAGAAGAAGGCAUCAGAGAUAUCUCAUCACCCAAGAGACUUCGAGAUAGACAAGCUUUGUUCCCUGCCAAAGUGACAAAUGUCAGCUUGCUGGAAAAGACUGACCGAAGUGAGAGUGGUGAGAAGAUUAUGACCUCUGAAAGCUUAUCAUCUCCAAGUUGUCUGAAACAUGACAGUGACAUGAAGCCCCAAACAUCUCCAGCUUGUCAGGAUCAUGAUAAGGCAGGACAGGAAAUGUGCUAUGUAUGUUUGCAACGAGCACAACGAAAUUCCCCGUUGUACUACGGUGAGGAAAGGAGGAGAGAGAUAGAAGAUGAGAGACUCAUACAGCAGUAUCAGAUGUUGAAAGAUCAGGAGGCUCUCUUCAGACACCAGCUGAAAAGUCUGGCUACUAGAGAACAGAAUCAGAAAAAUGCUGCCUAUAAUCUUGGAGUUGCUGAAGCUAUAAGAAGCCACAAGAAUGAGAAACCAGAAUUUUAUAAAUCCUUCCUAUUUGACAAACGGCCACUCAGUCCUGCGUUUAAUGCUCUUAAGCAAGAGGAAUAUUCCCGGAGUCUCCUGAAACAAAUGGAUAACAGACAGGAAAACGAAAUAAAGCAAAGACAAUACAGAGAGUUGAUGGAUCGCCUGGAACAAGUGCAACUCACAGAGGAACUUGCUGUGCAAAGAGCGAAAUUUUUAAAAGAUAAGAUGGAAGAAACACAGUGUUACAAGAGAGCUUUGGAUGCACAGAUAAAGAACAAACCCUCUCGGCUGCCGCCCUUUGAGCCAGACUCCUCUGAGCCCAUCUUUGGUAAGAAUGAAGGUGAACUGAUGGUGGAAAAGCAAAAGCGAGAACAAAAUUACAUGAAACACCAGCUGGAGGCAGCUGCUAACCACAAGAGGAAAGCCAUCCUGCAUCAACUAGUGGACCAGAGGCGGGAUUUGCAAAUGCUUCAGAGGACACAAAGAGAGCAUGUGGCAGACAGAACCGCUGAGCUGGAGCGAGUAAAUAGAAUCAACCAAUGCUUACAGGAGGACUGGGAAAGGAGUGCUGUGAUGAAGAAGCAGCGAGACCUGGAGGAGAAGGCUUUUGAACGGGCUUCAGACAAGCUGUUUCUCCUAGACCAGUGUGAGAAGUAUCGGCGCUGCAAGCAGUGCCAGAGGCGCACCUCCAAUGUGGGCGAGAGCAACCUGUGGCCCCUGAACAAGUUCCUGCCAGGCUCCCGGUUGCUUGUGUAAAACUCAAAGUUUGGAUCUGUGUUUCCUGGGGAAAGUUUUUAUCUUUUACAUGUCUGGGGGUGACUGUGAAACUGCAUAUUUUUACCUCAGAGAAAAAAAUCAUUGUUUAGGUUUGGUGCUUUCAUUAGAUUGCUUGUUAAGCCCUUAUUGAAUUCACUCCUGCCUUUCUCCCACCCCCACUUAUUUCCUAUACUCGUCUCUGAUGGCAGUGAAGGUGUCUAAAUGGUCCUGAGGGCUACAACCUGCUGCACAGGGGCUGGGAAGGGGACCCAGAUUCAUUAUGGCUGCUGGGGUACUGCUGACCCAGCCCUGCUGCUGCUUCGUGAAUUUGUGUACAAAACUUUUUUCGUCUGUAAUGAAUAGUGGCAAUAAUAAAUAUUUUCUAAGUGCCCGACUGUGCACGACAA